AUGCGGUCACCCCCGCUUCCUUCACCAAACGGUCACCCCAGCUUCCCCGACUAUAAGGUCACCGCAGUUGCCAUGACCAAGCUGUCACCCCAGUUUCCCCUACCAAAAGGACACCCUCGCUGCCCUGACCAAGAGGUGAAACCAAUUGCCCCGGCCAAGCGGAUACCCCAGCUGCCCCGACCAUGUUGUCACCUCAGUUGCCCCAUACAAGAGGUCACCCCCUUGCAAAGACCAAUAGGUCGACCCAACUGCCCCGACAAAGCUGUCAUCCCAGCUUCCCCGAACAUGCAGUCGCCCCAGCUACCCGUAAAAGUGGUCACCCAGGCUGCAACCAACACAGAGGUUGUCACAGUUUCCCUGACAAUGCUCACCCCCGCUUCCUUCACCAAGCGAGGUAAAUCCAACUGCCCCUGCCAAGCGGUCACCCCAGCUGCCCCGACCAAGAGGUCAUCCCAGCUGCCCCGACCAAGUGGUCACCAAGACUGCCCUGACCAAGAGGUCUACCCCGCUGCCCUGAACAAGAGGUCGACCCAGCUACCUCGACCAAGCGGUAACCCAUAUGACCCCGACCAAGUGUUCACCCCCGCUGCCCAGACCAAACGAUCACCCAAGCUGAAACGACAUAUCGCGCCGUUCAAGAGGACACCACAGCUACCUCGACCAAGCGGAAAGUCCCGCUGCCCCGACCAAGCGGUCACUCCUACUGACUUGAAUAAGCCUUCACCCCCGCUGCCCCCACCAAGUGCGAAGACCAAGUGGUCACCACUGCUGCCCCGACCAUGCUGUCACCCCAGCUACCCCGACCAAGCGGUGACCAAAGCUGCCCAGAGCACCAGAGCAAGCAUUUACCCCUGA